GACAAAAGCAGAAGUAAUCAUCUCCUCGAUUUUUAUUCACUGUUGUUCUUCUUGGACAUUGCCAAAGAUUCAGUUUCCAGUCCCUUGAUCUCGGAAACCGAUUCGAUUUCGAACACAUUCAUCGAUUGAUCCGUGACACAUAGAGCCUUGGAGGGAAAGAAAGAUAGAAUUUAGACAGAAAUCGAGAGAGGAAGUGGUUUAUAUAUGGACAGAAAAAGAAAGAUGAUGGAAUGGAGACGAAGUUGAAGAAUACGAAGAAUAAAAGGUGGGUAGAUGGCAAGGGCAGAGCUUAAUUAUAAUUAUUCGAAUAAUGGAAGAGCAGGAACUCCCAAAUGGUGUUCUUAUAAGAGAAUUACUGUUAUCAUAUGUUCAAUCAACAUUGCUGUUGCUCUCUACGUUUUCCACAAUCUGUAUACUUCCCUUUACUCGUACCCAUAUCAAGAUUCACACAACGCUGUUAGUUACACCCCAGAUCAGAUAAGAAAUAUGGAAGAAUCGGUGCGAAUACGAACGGAAUCUGAACCUGUAAAGCUCAUUGAAAUGGUUAAAAAGAUCAAGAAACAUUUUAAUAGAGAACCCGUGGUUGGAUUACCUCAUCCAUUGAAGCAGAAGCUAAGUGACGAGCUCCGUGAAGUGUUGAGAGUCUUGAAUGCCAGUGCUAACACAACUUUACAGCAUGAAGCAAUUCAAGGCUGGAGGAUGCAAAAGUUAAAGGAAGCCAAAAGAUUAAGACGUAGGAAGACUUCAAAUUCUACUAUCCAGCCAGAAGAAGCAGGAAUACUUGCAAAAGCAUUGGAGUCUAAUUGGUCCGACCUAUUAGAUGAACUUGGCCUCUGGAUACCGGUUAAUGUUAUCAACAAUGAACAUAAUGACAAACCUGAGGGAGAAGAUGAUUUUGAUGAUAAGAUCCUAGCUGGCAGGCGUCUGCCGCCUGAAUGCAAUGUGGAACAUCAUACCGACUACGGCGGCCAAGCUGUGAAAUGGGGGCUUACCCAUCAUAAAGAAAGUGCAUAUGAAUGUUGUCAAGCUUGUUUAGAUCAUGCUAGAAAUGCUAAACCAGAUGAAAUCAAAUGUAAUAUAUGGGUUUACUGCCCGCUUGAGGAAGGAUGCCAUUCCCCGGAUAUAUACCAACACAAACUUCAGGAAUGCUGGCUAAAAUAUGCUGAAACGCCUAAAGUAACCUUUAAAGACAUGUAUUCGGAGAAUUACAGAAGUCGUCAUCCAAAUGCACCGAUGUUUGUUCCUUGGGUGUCGGGUGUUAUAAGUUCUUGAGGCAAUUGGACAAAAGAAGACUAAAGGCUCAUGUCUGUAUCUUUACACAUGCAAUUUUGUUAGUUGCAUAUUGUUGAACUUCAUUUGUUGGUUUAGGGUUUUGGUGUUAGGUUGGAGCCAAAAGGAAGGCUUACACACAUUGGUGGGCAAUGCAAAAAGCUUUUGCUCAGUUAAUGUAUUUUUAUAGUCAAAUUGGGGAUAUUAUUUCUUGAAAUUGGUUUAUGGGACAUUCUUAAGGUUGUUACGUGGGUUAUUAUAAGAACCUCUAUCGCGAUCACAGAUUCAUGUCUUGUCACAGGUUCUAAGAAUCUAGAAGCUUGAAUAAGAGCACAUGCUCUUGUC